AUGAAGCAUCUAUUGAACCUCUAUCUCUUAGGUGUGGCGCUGACCCUGCUUUCCAUCUUUGUUAGACUGAUGGAGUCCCUGGAAGGCUUACGGGAGAACCCACCACCUGGGAGCUCCUGGACCAACAGAGGUCAACUAGCCAUCACAGAAUCCCCAAGAGCCUUCCAGAACAUCCACCCCGAGGGGUGUGA